AUGAAAGCUGAGUUAAAGGGCACGUCCAUUUCCUUUCAAAACCCUCCUCUCUUCAACACACCCCACAGUCCUCUUUCGGGAGCACUUAAAGGGUGUCUUGGAAGCCUUGAUGGAGCUUGUAUUGAGAAGCUAUUGCUUCACUGUGCUAGUGCUUUGGAGAGCAACGACAUCACCUUGGCUCAACAAGUUAUGUGGGUACUCAACAACGUUGCUUCUCCUGUGGGUGACACUAACCAAAGACUCACCUCGUGGUUUCUAAGGGCACUAAUCUCUAGGGCUUCAAGAAUUUGCCCCACGGCCAUGAGUUUCAAAGGAAGCAACACCAUUCAAAGGAGGUUGAUGACAGUGACUGAGCUAGCCGGGUAUGUGGAUCUAAUUCCUUGGCAUAGGUUUGGAUUUUGUGCAUCCAAUAAUGAAAUUUUCAAAGCUAUAAUGGGGUUCCAAAGGGUACAUAUUCUAGAUUUUAGCAUAACACAUUGUAUGCAAUGGCCUACUUUUAUAGAUGCAUUAGCUAAAAGGCCUGAAGGACCCCCUUCACUUAGAAUCACUGUACCAUCUUGUAGGCCACCGGUCCCUCCUUUGGUCAAUAUAUCAAUGCAUGAGGUUGGCCUACGUUUAGGGAAUUUUGCCAAGUUUAGGGAUGUCCCUUUUGAAUUUAAUGUCAUAGGAAAUACAGGACCCUUAACAUCUACGGAAUUCAGUAACGAAAUUGAAACAAGCAGCUUAAAUUUUGAAUCAAUGUUAAGCCUCUUGAAUCCUACCAUGCUAAACCUUAGGGAAGAUGAAGCUUUGGUCAUAAAUUGCCAAAAUUGGCUACGCUAUUUGUCUGAUGAUAGAAAAGGAAGCAGCCAAAAUCUUUCCCUAAGGGAUGCUUUUCUGAAUCUAGUUAAAGGACUUAACCCCCAAAUUGUGCUCUUGGUUGAUGAGGAUUGUGAUCUCAGUGCAUCUAGUCUCACAUCAAGAAUUACCACAUGUUUCAACCAUUUGUGGAUACCCUUUGAUGCCCUUGAGACCUUUUUGCCUAAAGAUAGUUGUCAGAGGACAGAGUUUGAAUGUGACAUAGGCCAGAAAAUUGAGAACAUCAUCAGCUUCGAAGGGCAUCAAAGAAUAGAGAGGUUGGAGUCUGGGAUGCAAAUGUCCCAAAGAAUGAAAAAUGUAGGUUACUUCAAUGUUCCAUUUUGUGAUGAAACUGUUAAGGAAGUUAAAGCUUUGCUAGAUGAGCAUGCCAGUGGAUGGGGGAUGAAGAGGGAAGAAAAUAUGUUAGUUCUCACAUGGAAAGGAAACAGCUGUGUGUUUGCGACAGCUUGGGUCCCUUGUGAAAUGAGGGAUCAUGUUGGUAUGGAUGUAAGUAUGUCGUAA